AUGGCGUCAUGCUUCCAACCGCAAGGACUAAACGUGGAAGAAGAUUCAGCCAUACUAUUCUCCACUUCUGAUUCACCAGGAGGAUUAUCAUCCAUCAGCACUCGAUGUUCUUCUUCAUCAUUCCAUCAUUCACCACCAACAGAUCCAUCCAAACAAUCCUAUGAACUCAGGUUAAGGAAACUUUCCUAUACUAUUUACAAAAAUGGGUCUUUUUUCUUUGGAAAAUUGAAGAAAACUAAGCCCAUUAGUAUUCUGAAAUCAGUCUCUUUCACUGCAAGAAGCUCUGAGAUAUUAGCAGUUGUUGGACCGAGUGGCACUGGUAAAUCUUCCCUUCUUCGAGUCAUCUCAGGGAAAGUCAGGAACAAGGAUUUCAAACCAAAAAGUGUGUUUAUUAAUGGCUAUGCGAUUACUAACACUGCUCAGCUGAGGAAAAUAUGCGGUUUUGUGGCUCAAGAUGAUGAUCUGCUGCCUCUUCUUACUGUCAAGGAGACACUGAUGUUUAGUGCUGAUUUUCGACUCAAGGAAAUGAGUACGAGAGAAAAGGAAGAGAGAGUUGAUGGAUUGAUGGUGGAACUUGGACUUGUUCAUGUUGCUGAUGGAUUUGUAGGAGAUGAAGAGAACCGUGGGAUAUCAGGCGGAGAAAGAAAGAGAGUCUCAAUUGGAGUUGAAUUGAUUCAUGAUCCAUCAAUUUUACUGCUUGAUGAGCCAACUUCAGGACUGGAUAGCACUUCAGCACUUCAGGUGAUCGAGUUGCUUUCGUCUAUGGCAAAAUCAAAGCAGAGAACUAUACUUUUGUCCAUCCACCAGCCUAGUUAUCGAAUGUUUGAGUAUAUAUCGAAUUUCUUGAUCCUUUCUGGUGGAACUGUUGUCCAUAAUGGUUCGCUAGAAUCACUUGAGGAGACUAUAAACAGAUUGGGAUUUCAAAUUCCUGUGCAGUUAAAUGCACUUGAAUUUUCCAUGGAGAUCAUGAAUGCACUUGAGGAAUCAUGCUCUGAAACUACUGAUGAUCUCUUGAUUAAUUCAGAGGAUGAAAUGUGGCGAAAAGAUGUUGGUAGAGGUCUAUUUCAACCUCCUGUUGAUCAAUGUGGAGUAAAAGGCGGAUUUUUUAUCAGAAACAUGUAUGAAAUUAUGGUACUUUGUUCUCGAUUUUUGAAGAUAAUAUACAGAACAAAGCAGCUGUUACUUGCGAGAACUAUGCAAGCUCUUGUUGGAGGAUUUGGGUUGGGAACUGUAUAUCUAAAAGUGCGGAACGAUGCAGGAGGAGUCGCAGAAAGGUUAGGCCUAUUUGCUUUUAGUCUUAGCUUUCUUCUUUCUUCCACAGUUGAAGCACUUCCCAUAUAUCUUCAAGAAAGACGAGUCCUGAUGAAAGAAGCUUCAAGAGGUGCCUACAAAGUUUCUUCUUACAUGAUCGCAAACACACUUAUCUUCCUUCCCUUUCUAUUCCUCGUCGCGAUUCUCUUCUCAGUUCCUGUAUACUGGCUCGUGGGGCUUAACCCUUCAAUUUCUGCUUUUGCAUUCUUCGUUUUCAUGGUUUGGCUCAUUGUUCUGAUGGCUAGCUCCUUGGUUCUCUUCCUUAGUGCCAUUUCUCCAGACUUCAUCUCAGGGAACUCUCUGAUUUGUACAGUUCUUGGUGCUUUUUUCUUGUUCUCUGGCUACUUCAUCCCAAAAGAGUGCAUUCCAAAGUAUUGGCUCUUCAUGUACUAUGUUUCCUUAUACAGAUAUCCUCUGGAUUCCCUUCUUACAAAUGAAUAUUGGAGUUUGAGAAGUGAAUGUUUUUCUUGGAGCAAUGCUACUCAAGAUUACAGUACCAAAUGUGUACUUACAGGAAAUGAUGUUUUGAAAGGCAGAGGACUUGAGAGGGAUACAAGGUGGAUCAAUGUUGGGAUCAUGUUAGGCUUCUUUGUAUUUUAUAGAGUGCUUUGUUGGGUAAUUCUUGCAAGAAAGGUUGCAAAGACCACAAUAUGA